GUCCAAAUCAACUUUCUGUGGUGUGUGCGUUUGUGUAAUUGGUGUUCUUCUGUCCAUCCGUGAAAGAUGUCUACAGGCAUAGCAGGAUGGAUAACAUGUCGACAAGUGUUAAAUAUUAUGGUGAUCUUCGGUUUCAUGCUGAACUAUGCCCUGCGAGUAAACUUCACCAUUGCAAUUGUGGCUAUGACGAAAACCGUUGUAAACGAGGCCACCGGAGGAGAUAAUAGCACCUUACUGAACGAUACCGACACGACAACCGCAUCCGCCAUAACCACGACGACCGAGUAUUCCGUCAUUGAUGAGGCGGACAAAUUCGAAUGGAACGCCUACCAACAAAGCCUAAUGUUAGGGAGCUUCUUCUGGGGCUACCUGUUGACGGAGCUUCCGGGUGGACGCCUGGCAGAAAUCAUCGGAGGACGCCGUGUCUUCGGUUACAGUAUGCUGUGGGCCAGCAUGCUGACACUACUCACGCCGUUCGCUGCCAACAUGCACUACAUUGCAGUGGUGAUUCUUCGGGCUGUGCUCGGUUUCUUCCUUGGUGCAUCCUGGCCCGCAAUUCAUCCUCUGACCGCAGUUUGGAUUCCUCCUAUGGAUCGAUCCAAGUUUAUCGCUAACAUGAUGGCGUCUUCGCUCGGAGCUGCUAUAACAAUGCCAAUCUGUGGUACUCUGAUCUCAACGAUCGGAUGGCAAAGCGUUUUUUAUUUCACGGGAGGACUGGGCCUGCUGUGGUCUAUCAUUUGGUUCUUGGUGGUGUUUGAAACUCCAGCCUCUCAUCCACGCAUUACACCCGAGGAGCGGAACGAGAUCGAAACGGCCAUCAACGCUGUUGGCAAAAAGAAGAAGCCUUCAUAUGUACCCUGGAAGUCGAUCCUUACGUCACCGCCUGUGUGGGCCAUCAUUUUAACUCACGGCGCGUCUGUGUUUGGGUUCUUCACAGUGAUUACCCAGCUUCCAACAUACAUGAAGUACAUUUUGCAUUUCAACAUUAAAGAGAACGGUCUUUUGUCCUCCUUACCCUACUUUGGAAAAUAUGCCAUGGCUGUGAUUUCGUCGCAUUUAGCAGAUUAUCUGAGAAAGUCUGGAAAACUUUCAACCACCGCUACCAGAAAAAUAUUCACAACCUUCGCCGUUAUGACUCCCGGAUUCUUGAUGAUCAUUCAAGUGUUUAUGGGAGAACAACGCUCCUGGGCUGUCGGUAUUUUCACCUUGUCCCUUUUCUUGAACGGCGCCGUCACGGCGGGCUACCUUGGAAAUGGGUUAGACAUUGCACCAAACUUUUCCGGAACAAUCUUUGGCAUGGCUAACACGCUGUCCUCGCUCGGAGGCUUCGUGUCAGCGUACAUGAUUGGUCUGCUGACGAACGACAAUCAAACCUACGGUCAAUGGCAGAUCGUGUUUUGGAUCCUGGCCAUCGUGUACAUUACGGGCUCUUCUGCGUACGUGAUAAUGGGUACGGGAGAGUUGCAAGCCUGGAACAAUCCGCCAGAAAAGGAUGAUGGCAAUCACGAAACUGAAGAAGGUGUUCCACUUAAUGAACGGAAUCAGGCGGUAAAAUAAUGGCUCAUACACCACAAGGCCACAUGUGUUUUUAUAAGAACAAAACGUGUUACAUAUUCGGGCACUACUACGCAUGAGAUGUUCCAAUGGCGCUGUUGGUUAUCACGAAAAUUAAAAACAAGCUGAGAGAAAUGUGCUGCGCAUAUGUUUCGCAGUAGUAUGUGGGAAGUAAUAGGCAUACAGAUUUUUCGUAGCAUUUAAUAACUUAUUGUUUUAACACACCUAGACAGUGCCUCGGAAGAGCUAAAUGCUGUGCUUAGUAUUUUGUAGCAUCGUCGUUGUUGGAGCGAGUGAAUGGAUUAGAGCAGAUGUGUUUUAGUAGUGGCAGAAAGUAAGAACAUGUAAACAGGGACUUAUGCGAAGAUGUACGAAGGGUUCUUAACUGGUUGAUUCAGGGGCACGACUUAAUUUUAUUAUACAACAAAUCAUAAGAACUCCUAGAAGUAGACUCUUCACGAGGAACUCAUACGACACAGUCUAUUUUUGAAGUCUUUAUAGAGGAAUGAAUAAUUUUCAUGUUUUAAUGAAAAUGGCCCAUAACACCACCUUUACAUGGCGAAGGGAUACACUAUCAAAUAGAACGAACAUGACCAGAAGCAUGAUGGAGUUUGGUGCUCUAGUAGGACCUGAUCGAUGAUUUUUCAUUCUUUCUUUAAGGACACCCAAGAAUAUCCUUCAAAAAACCUGUUGUACGUGUGAUAUACACUCCUUAGAGAAAGUUAACAUAACAGAUUUCUAAGAAUGUGCCUUCUACAAUUUUCGACAUAGUAAUGUGUGCAAGAAAAUUGUGUUUUGCGUCGAUAACCCACUACAUUAUGCACUUUCACGAAUAUCAAUCCAAGAAAUCAGUCUACUUAAUGGUAAAAGGGACGGUACUUGAUAUUUUAUUUACAAUGUUUUUUUUCGUAUACCAACCCCAUACCCACUUGUAUGUAGGUUGAACUCAUUUUAAAAAGAUCAAUAAACUCUACAUGAAGAUACAGUUAAGAGAGCAGAAU